UUCUGCUUGGUCAGUUUAUAUGAGUUUAAGAAGUCAUGAACCAUUGGGGUUCAUGCGACAAUAAGAAGUACCACAUCGGUUGUUUUGGUGAGAAUAAAGCCUUUAUUAAUUCCUGCAAAACCAAAGCUGCUGUCCCUUCGGGGACAUCCGAUAAAAUUGGAACGAUACAGAGAAGAUUAGCAUGGCCCCUGCGCAAGGAUGACACGCAUAAAUCGAGAAAUGGUCCAAAUUUUUUUCCCUUCCUCCCCAGUGUAUCAUAAACCUGUUGGUUUUUUAAAACUAAUGAUUCUCCUAGCUUUUGCAGGUGCUAGCAUAAAGAUUAAAGAUCUCCAAAAGAAGCUUUAGGUUGACAUGUUUGAAGGUUUUUCUACUAAUUGCUUGUUUCAAGGUUUUUCCUCCAUGGUUGCCAGUCAAACAAGCUCAACAAUACAGCAUUCAGAAGGCAGCAACUUGAGUCUGAUCAAAAUAGCAGCCAGAAGGACCAUCAUCAGGAUGCCUCCUCGCCAGGAUUCUCGUGUAGGCAUUCA